UGGCACAACAUUCGUGAAAAUGGUGUACUUUUCGCCCACCCAACGCAUUCCGUCAACCUUGUCUGCUCGUCAAUUGCUCGUCUGCCUUUAAUCAACCGAAGUACAAACGUGACGUCCCCUCUUGGCGCUUGCAUACAACCGGCUAUGGGCCUUGUGUUCAUGCCUAGGAUAUAUACGAGCAUUGAAUGUCCGGGGCUUGGCUUCGCCUCAUGUCAAGGCGGUAACCGAAGUGUGCUGAUGAUCGUCUGCCCAUUAGUGAAAAUUCGUCUGGGCUAAUUCCAACUACUCAAGUCUCCCUCAAUUCAGCUCGUUUUCACUCUCUUUCCUCUCCCCUUCGUUGCCACUGGAGCCGUGGCAUUUAGAACUAAUCCCCUUUGCAGUGUUUAUGACCAACUAACUCACUUCCAACUCGGUCUCUCUGUCCACCCAUCUCUCCGCGCUUCUCGCACCUGUACACACGCCCGGUUGCCUUGGUAUUGGCCUUCUGGCCCACGUUCUCGUUACGGUUGCCCCGAUUUGGCCUCCCGCGCCUCCCUCGAUCCCCGAGAGCCCAAUUGCUGUCCUUGGCAGGGUCCCGGGCAGAUCACGGCAGUGAUAAGAGUUGAUGCGGCUAGAUCUGAAGAGGAGCUGGCUUCCGAAGACUUGCACAAUAAAUUAUUUUCUUUACACUUUCCAUUUCAUUCGAGAAAACCUCAGACCGAAGGAUAG